GGGGCGGUGCCGGCACGGGGCCCGCCUCCCCGGGUUCAGGCCGAGGGGCCGCCGCCGGACCAAGGGAGCGCCAAGGGAAGGGGAGCGCGAUCGCCCGCCUGCGUGCCGGCGCCUUGCCGCCGCCGCCGCCGCCUUCCCCGCGAUGCCCGUCGGGGCCUCCCCGUCGGCCAAGACCCGCUACAGCCUGGUGGACGACCGGCACGACCUGCGCGUCCCGCUGCACAACGACGACGCCUUCCAGCACGGCAUCGCCUUCGAGGCCAAGUAUAUUGGCAGCCUAGAUGUACCCCGGCCAAACAGCAGGGUGGAGAUUGUCACAGCCAUGAGACGCAUUAGGUACGAGUUCAAAGCCAAAAGUAUAAAGAAGAAGAAGGUCACUCUCAUGGUGUCUGUGGACGGCGUGAAGGUGCUGCUGAAGAAAAAGAAGAAGAAGAAGAAGAAAGAGUGGGACUGGGACGAGAGCAAACUGCUGGUGAUGCACGACCCGAUCUACAGGAUAUUCUACGUGUCCCACGAUUCCCAGGACCUGAAGAUCUUCAGCUACAUUGCCAGGGAUGGCUCCAGCAACGUCUUCCGUUGCAAUGUCUUCAAGUCGAAGAAGAAGAGUCAGGCCAUGCGCAUUGUCCGAACUGUGGGGCAAGCGUUUGAGGUCUGCCACAAGCUGAGCCUGCAGCAUACUCACCAGAACGCGGACGGCCAAGAGGACAGCCAGAGCGAGAAGGGCAGAGAAGACCCGGAGGCGCCAGCCUUGCCUGAAGCCGAGCCGGUUGUUGUCGCUGAGGAAACGGACAUUGAUGCUGUGGACUCUAGUUUGCCGGGGAGGCACCACUUGGAGUUCAACAGAGGAGUGACAGACCUUGAUGCUGUCGGGGGAGAGCUGCCUGGCUUGCUUUGCACCAAGGGCUUGCUCCACAAUGAGGACAUCCUGGCGGCUUCCCCCGAGAUGCUGCUCCCUUCUUCUUCUUCUUCUGCCCAGCUGCCUGAGCCAGGGACCCCUCUCUCUGCUCACCACCAAAGGGAGCUUCUGCAUCGGCUCUUGCAGCAGCAGACACAGCAGACGCAAGUGGCCGUGUCCCAGGUGCACCUGCUGAAGGACCAGCUGGCAACAGAGGCCGCUGCCCGCCUUGAGGCCCAAGCCCGAGUGCACCAGCUCCUGCUGCAGAAUAAGGACCUCCUGCAACAUAUUUCGCUUCUGGUGAAGCAGGUGCAAGAACUAGAGGCAAAGCUGUUGGGAUCCAACCCCAGAGGCUCUCAGGACAGCUUGCUGGAAAUCACCUUCCGCCCCGGCGGGCUGCCCGUUCUGUGCGACCCCAGCACCCCUAUGCCCGAGGACACUCGCCCGCUCCAGCUCCACCCCAGCUUCUCCAACGCUGCCGAUCCCCUGGCCAGUCCUUUAGGUAGGAGCAACUGCCUGGCGAAGCUGGAAUGUUUCUGCUUCCUCCCCAGCGACGGCCCUCCCUUGGGCAGCUUGGAGCUCCUCAAGUUCCGUGAGUCGGGGAUCGCCUCAGAGUACGAGUCCAACACGGACGACAGCGAGGAGUGGGACUCGUGGGGCCAGGAGGAAGCGCUUCGCCUGCUCAGUGUCCUCAACAAGCAGGGCCUGGGAGAUAGCUUGGAUGAAGAGGUUGCCAUUUAAGAGGAGGCAGAGAUCUCAGGCCCGUGGCAAGCGACAGGGGAGGAGAGGGGGGGGGCUCAGGCCUCCUUGCAAACAGGCCGGGGAAAGCCUGCUUCUCUGUUUUUCUGUGUCUUGGUACCUGAAAGUCGGGAGGAGGGUGACGGUUUUCCUCCUGAAGGCAAUAGCCGCUUUCCGGGAUGCCCAAAGGUCUCAGGAAUUGUUUUCAUUUGUUUAAGUGCCGCAUUGCACCACCCAAAAGCGGUACUGGGUGCAAAUGACAGCAUCUUGAGGAUCCUUAUCUUCCUUUUAGAAAAGCUGAAAAGGUGGUUGUGAAAGAGUGUCGGCAGUUCCUGGGGAAACCUUAAAAAGCCAGCAGUGAGUGUGUGCAGUGUCCAGGUGUUGCUUCAUAACACUUCCCCCCCUCUCCCCAAAAGACGUAUUAGAAGCUGGAUAAAUUAUGCAAAUCUAGCAAGGACCUGCAAGUUUGCCUCUUUUGCAUCAUGCAUACAGAUGGCAGAAUUCAGAAGGGCCUUUUUUUGUACCUAGUGGGUUAGCUUCGGCUACUAAGUCGCAUCUGCAAUAGCCCUGCAGGGGGAUUUCCUCUCCUCCUCCCUUGCUGCCUUCCUUCCAUAUUUAGGAUUAUCCCUAGUCAGCUUCCAGACAGGACCAAUAGCCUUAUGUUUCUGCGAACCUCUGAAAGAAACAGUUCAAUUAAUUCAUGGGUUGUCUGUGGAUAAAUGAUCGAACCUUGGUUGGAAUUUGUGUUAGAACUGGCGGACCUGAGAACUUCCACAGUUUUUGAAUCCCGUAGAAAUUAUUGACGCGGCAGCCUCAGUUCCAGAAGCAUAAGUCGUACUCUUUGGUCGUAACUCUGGCACCUUAGUCCUCUGAGCGUAUAACUGCAGGAACACAGGGGCUGGUUCCUUAUGGAAGCAACUCCACAAAGGAGGCCUAUAUGUCUGAAAGCUCAGGCUGCCUCUGCGUUCGUCCCAAAAAUCUCUUUGGCGAGUCAGAGCUACAGUUGUGCUUGGAACUGGGCACCGGAAAAGUUAGAGUUUCUUUGUCUAAACUCAGAAAGUGGCUCAGUUCUUUCUAAGUAAAUUCCAAGGGUGCGGAAUGGGUGGGUGAGAGGCAGAGGAAAGACUACAUAUGUUCCUCUCUAGCUUGGAUUUGAACCUGAGCCAGAGAAGAACUUUUGGGGGGUUGCAAUGCAUGUUUUGUAUGGAGGCAAGCGUUAUUAUUUGUUCUCUGAGAUGCACUCGGGCAACGUUUGGAGUCAUCAGUAGUUAAGCAUUCCAUUGGCUCCGUGUUCUGACCGUCCUUUGGGAAGCAGCAUCUCAGCCCUGGCCUUCCGUUACCCAGGUUGUCUUCCCCACGUGGGACAUGGCCUUUCCUGUCCCGCUUUCUCUUUUGUGGCUUUUUGAGGGAUAGGGUGAGCGGCAUACCGCAAGCGAGAGAGGUCCAGGUUUUUUAGUUUUAACUUAAGACACAAAAGAAUCCUAAAGGAGCUUCUGUGUUCAGAAUACGUUUUGCAAAACGGACUUCUCACUUUCAGGGAGCUGUUGAGUAAAAUAACAGGGCGGCUUCUUAAGGGUCCCUGCGCAGCAUAAACUGAACUAGAACUCGGUUGUGCGAGACAGCAGAUGCAUUCAAAGUGUUGGUGCUGACCUUUAAAGCCCUAAAUGGCCUCGGUCCAGUAUACCAGAAAGAGCGUCUCCACCUCCAUCAUUCUGCCGGGACACUGAGGUCCAGCACCGAGGGCCUUCUGGCGGUUCCCUCGUUGCGAGAAGCCAAGUUGCAGGGGACCAGGCAGAGGGCCUUCUCGGUGGUGGCGCCUGCCCUGUGGAACGCCCUCCCAACAGAUGUCAAAAAGGAAAACAACUACCAGACUUUUAGAAGACAUCUGAAGGCAGCCCUGUUCAGGGAGGCUUUUAAUGUUUAAUAGAUUGUUGUGUUUUAUUCUUCUGUUGGAAGCCGCCCAGAGUGGCUGGGGAGACCCGGCCAGAUGGGCAGGGUAUAAAUAUAUUAUUAUUAUUAUUAUUAUUAUUAUUAUUAUUAUUAUUAUUAUUAUUAUUUCAAUCUCUGAGGACUGGCCCAUAUUAUGACUGGCAGCUAGAAGAAGCAUCAGUGCCCCCUCUUCCUUCUAGCUCUUACCCAGACCAGAAGCUACAGCAAGGGUCUGCUGCCCUCUUAAUACUGCCUUGAAGAAGCAUCAUGUGCUCAGAAACAUUCUGGGAUUGUUGGGCUUUUGCUCAGUUUUGACCAUUUCCAUAGCUCGAAUUUUGUGCUAUUCUCCUGCUGCCGCUGCAGACUUUUGCCGUUAUUUAAUUUGCAGGCCAUUCCCUAGGCUUGUGAGGAACGAUCGCUUCUGGCCUUCCCUGUUGGGGAGCAUAAGGCAGGCACCAAAGGAAGAUUUCCUAUUAAUAUUUGCCAGGGCGUUCUGCAAAUCCUCCCAAGGAUCUGCUUGCAAACAAGGGUCAUGGGAUGUAGUUGGAGGAAUGAACAGGGAGAGAGGGGAGAGGGACGGCUGCACAGGGAGGCAUGUUGCGUUUAACUGAUGUGCAGUUCUUUCUCAUUAAGCAAAUUGGAUUAUUUGUUUUUGUUUUUAUUCCGUGGGUGAUUGUUAUGCAAAACUACUGAAAAUAGAAUUGGGGAAGGCAGUUUUCACAUAACGUCCACAGGAUUCCACCUGCGUCUGCAAGGCGAGACCUUUCUUUUGUGGCUGCUCUCCACCCUUUCUUUCCACCCCUGGUUCAGAUGAAGCAAUGCAAAUGCGACAAAAGCCAUUGAACAAGCUGCGUCCCUUCCCCUCUCUUGCGCAACUUCAGCAAAGCUUUCUUGGUUUCCUGUGGCAUAUCCAGGUUUGGAGGGAGGGGGGCCCUUAAGCUACUGUUUCCUGCAAGAGGGAAACGGCACAUGGCUCGGUCUUAGGUUGAGAAGCCACGGUUUAUCUGACCAGGAUUGUUACAUCUGGAGCUAGUUUAUGUCUGCCACUUAAGAGCCAGUGUGUUGUAGGGGUUAAAAGCGGUAAUCUGGUGAACCGGGUUUGCUUCCCCACUCCUCCACAUGCAGCUGCUGGGUGACCUUGGGCUAGUCACACUUCUCUGAAGUCUCUCAGCCUCACUCACCUCACAGAGUGUUUGUUGUGGGGGAGGAAGGGAAAGGAGAUUGUUAGCCGCUUUGAAACUCCUUAGGGUAAAGCGGGAUAUCAAAUCCAAACUCUUCUUCUCUUCUUAACCCAGCGAGUUUGAAGUCAAAUUAUCUCCCCUGAAGAAGUCAGGCCCAUUGGUUGCCCAGCAGCUUGGGCUUUCAGGGACGCAGCUCAGGGAGAAAGUGCCUUUGGGGUGAACUGGGAGGGAGGCCGUAAUCCUGCUAGUAUUGUUCAGGAAGAGGAAGGGAGCAUCCGAGAUACUUCUGUGUUUUGGCAAGAGCAGUGAAGGGGCUGGGCUGCUGCUCUCCUGACCUAGGUCAGGCCCUGAUAUCCCAAGGCCUUGCUGAAGACGGGAGGGAGGCAUGAAAGUGGGGGUGGGGUGAGCUGGACUGUGCCAAAUGAAUGCUUUAGAGGCGGAAUGGGUGUGUGUCGGUUGUAAGGGCAGGAAAGCGCCUGCUAUGGAGCAGCCACAGCCAGAAGUGCCAGCAUGCCCAGCAACAUUGGCAGGUGCCUCAGGCAAGAAAAUGCCAUUGGAAAAGGAAGGCACCUGCUCGCCUUGGCAGUGCCCCUUUGGCUAGGUCAUGGGGUAGAUCUCUCUCCCAGCAGCCCAGACUGCUUCGAGGGCACUCUCCGGAGGAAGGCCUUUCUGAAUCUCCUGGCGUUCCACAGAUGGUUCCUUCAUAAAGCCUGUUUUCCUCUGCAUUUUUCCUUCUCUCCUUUUGCAAAAGCAGUGGUGGAUGUUAUGGAAUUUCUUUCUCUGUAAGUGCACUUAAACCCCGGGCAGUGGUGUUAGAGCUUCUUGGCUUUUGCUAAAUAAAUCAUCUUUAUUUCUAAAGCUGAACUGUCGUUUCUGCUUCCUUUGCUUUCCUCGUAUCUUUUCGCACUUCCCUCCUUUCUUCUCCAUCACCUCUCCAGUGUUAUACAAAAAGAUGGCUGGUUUGUUCAGGGUUUCCUUACGAGGAGUAGCACAGCAACCUUCAGCUGGAGAACAGCGACCCAAAUUUAACAGCCCGAGUUUGGAAAAGAGAAAAGGUCAUGUGAAAAUCUGUGGCUAACACUGGCAGGUCCCAAGGCAGGUUGUGUACAACCAAAGGCUGAAGAGACCAAAUCCUGUAUCUUCCCCCCCCCCCAAAAAAAGAGCAGCGGUUUGCAGAGAACAGCUGUGCCAGGCAGGCAUUGCACCGGUGCUGCCAGACGGUCAGACCUAAUGGGGCAGAAGGUUAGGGUGGAAAGAAUUGCCCCGGUGGCAUCUUAGCAGUCUAAACCUACUGGCACUUCCAAGUCUCUUGCUGCUUCGUCAGCCAAGGAAAAAGAGCCAUAAACCUUUCGACUAGUGAGUCAGGGCUUUCCGCCCCACACUUUCUAGGAGCAGGUCUGUGCUUUCCAGGUCCAAGUCUGAGCACUCCCCCUCCCCAACACCACCGCAAAAACCCACUUUUUAGUGCUGAAUUGGAACAAACAGAAAAUUGAGGUUUCCCUGGAUUGCUGUUUGCUCCAAUUUAGCAGUAAAGAGCAGAUUUUUGCAAGGCAAGUGCUGAGGCUAAAAAGUGGGUGAGGGCUCUCGGACACAGUGCAGGCCUGUACCUAGAAAUGCGGCAUAAAAGGAAGUCUAGAUGAGCCCUCGGGCAGCUGUGCCUUGAGGCGUGCAGUAAUGUCCGGAAUUAUGGUGCUUGGGCUGUUCCCAACAUCCUCACCAAAUGCGGCUGGGGAGCUGUACUGAUUGUUCUUCUUUUAUUAGCAAAAUGCACACCCGCCUCUACGACUAUACACUCCUAGGUGGGGGAACCCUGUGAAAAGGCCAGACUUGUAAGUAGCCGGAAUGCUGUGCCUUGGAGACGCUGACUGACCAGUGAAAAUUCAGCACAAUGAUCCAAGAGUUUUAGUAAAAGCUGCUGUCGAAGGACGUCACUUGACCCAUUUGCCUUCCCGCAGUAGGUAUUAGGCGCUUUGCAUGUGUCCGAGGAGUAGCUGCGGGAGAGCGGUUGCGACUGGCACUCCUCCAGAGGCUCUGAGGAAUAGCAAAGGGAGAGAGACACUGGGAGGAAAAAGCAGGAACCAAAGCAGCCUUUUAAAUGAUGGCACGAGGGGGUCAGGCCACCCUACUUAGCCCAGCUGCCGGAACAACAUGGUCUUCGCCAGCUGACAGAAGGACAACAAGGGGGGCUCCUCUAGACAGGGAGUUCCGAAGUUGACACCACCGAGAAGGCCCUUCUCUCCCGCAGCCCCAGCAAGCAGGCCUGCAAAGGUCUAGGGGCAGAAAGAACGGCCUUCCCCAAAGAUCUCAGAGCUCAGGAAGGUCCAUGUGGAAGAUGCAAGUCCUUCACACAACCUGGGCCCAAGCCAGUCUCUACGCAGACAUUGCUCCUUCACACUGGGAGCAGGGGCGGGGGGGACAGACCUGGCUGGGCCGUGUUCCCCCUCGUGUGGAAGAACUCUGCCCCAUCCCUCGGGAUAGGCACAGAAUCCAUUCCCCCACACCUGCUAAAUGUGAGGGUGGUAAGGUAAAGGUAAAGGGACCCCUGGCCGUUAGGUCCAGUCGCAGAUGACACUGGGGUUGCGGCGCUCAUCUCGCUUUACUGGCCGAGGGAGCCAGUACUGGCUGAGGGGGCAUCUUUGAUACAUUGGCUUAUAAUUAUUAUUUUAAUAAACUUUUCUGGCAGAACUGGAUGGAAUUUCCAGGCCUAGUAUAGUCCCUUCCGAGAAGAUAAGAAGGUAAAGGGACCCCUAACCAUUAGGUCCAGUCGUGACCGACUCUGGGGUUGUGUGCUCAUCUCGCGUUAUUGGCCGAGGGAGCCGGCGUACAGCUUCCAGGUUAUGUAGCCAGCAUGACAAAGCCGCUUCUGGAAAACCAGAGCAGCACACGGAAACGGCAUUUACCUUCCCACUUGGAGUGGUACCUAUUUAUCUACUUGCGCUUUGACGUGCUUUCUAACUGCUAGGUUGGCAGGAGCUGGGACCAAGCAACGGGAGCUCACCCCGUCACAGGGAUUCGAACCGCCGACCUUCUGAUCGGCAAGCCCAAAACCCUCAGUGGUUUAGAUCACAGCACCACCCGCGCCCCUGUGUGAGGGUGGUAGCAAGGUGUUUUCCCCCUGCACUAAAUGGUCCCUGUCCCCCUUUAGUCCUUCUCCAUAGGUAAACUGCUCCUGUCCCCCGAUCAUUGUAAUUGCCCCCUUGCUACACAUUUUUUCCAAAACACCAAAAUCCUUUGCAGAUGCUGCAACCACGACAGGACCAGGACUGAACUGGAAGGGACCCCAUACCUUCCCUCUCUUGGAGAACCCCGGACCAGGCUGGCUGGGGCAGAUGGGAGUUGGGGGCCCAAGAAUGUGGGUGGAAGCACCAGAUUGGCUACCCCUGAUUUAUAGAUCUCCCACCUCCACCCCCCCCAUUUUACCACCUCAGUAUACAGUCAACAGACUCAUUGAGCAUUCCUCUAGGACUUUUUUCCCUAGCCGCUUGCAAAGCUUCCAUUUGAAGCUAGGGGGUGAAGCCCCAAUGUAUGGGUCCUGCCACUGGAUCUCAAUUUUCAUUUUGUUUUCCGUCGUACACAAUGUUUGUAGCAGCUCUGAAAGGACCUCUCUAAUCUGUUUGAAUUUUCACCAUUUUAGUAAAUAAUCCAGUGUCCUCUUCAAACAUGGCCAUCUUGCUGCUCACCCCAUUUCUAGGUCCUUUAAGAAUAAAUCAAAUAGCAUCACUCUCAGGACAGAUCCUUCUUCUAUUGUGGAAACUUACCCAUUUAUAACUGCUGUCUCUGUCUUCUUUCUUAACCAUUUAAGGAUCAUUAAUGGCGGCCCAAUACAGGGAACAUUUCCAAAACGAUACCUUGGAGGUUCCAUCCUAUAGCCAGCAACCCAGAAUUUUCUUCCAAACCCUCCACAGCCACUGACUUCUGGGCGCUGCCUGCCCAGCAUAUGAUUUCUGCACUUUCUGUGCCCCUGCAUUGUUCCUCGCUAAGUGCCCGUCCUCCUUCCUAUUGCCAUUCCUAUUCCUGUUUAGACUAGACACGUUCUAAAUAAAGUGCUCUGUGCACUUUACCCUAAGGGAACCAGCCAGGUGCACAAGAAAUUAUGCAGCUGGCCCAGUUUAUUUUUCUGCUACCUUCCCACUUCUCUUGCCUGAAAUUUCCUUUCUAAAACGUGUUUCAGAAGCCGGAGAUGAGGGCACUUCUCCGAUUGCCAGCCUUAAACACUUGGCGUCUGCUCCGAGCCUCUUCCAGAGCUAUUGAUGGUACGGGGCUGGGGUUGAAGCAUGCAUGUGCCGCAUGUAACUGGCAGGACUGCAGCCUCUACUGCCAUGCAGGGCCAGGCCUACUCUAGUCCCACAAUGAGGGCAGGCAAAGGGCCAGUUGAAGGCCAAAGCCCUUGCUGUGUCUCCAGCUGGAGCGACUGCCUGCCCUUCCAUAGCAGCCAGGCACCCUGAAGGUGCCAGGAAGAGGCUCCUGGCAUGAUUCUAGCCAGCCUUGCCAUCCUCGCUUGUCUUGGUGACCGUGCAAGAGAAACACAGGAGCCUUAGUAAACAGUUACCAUCCGGGCAGCGGUGGGGAUGUUUCAGGGCAGGGAGAGACGAGUUGCAGACAGGCCUCUGCUAGCACCAAAGUUUGAGCAGCAUCAGCUGUGGAAAUAACCGUGAGGGGCAAGCUCCGGGAGGAGGAGGAGGUCUUGAAAGAGCCUUCUCCCUUUUGGGAACAGACACCCCAGGCGAGGAAGGGAGUGGAGCUGUGGCGGAACAGCGAGCUUGCUCUUAAGUCGCAUCAAUAACUUGCUUUAUUAUUUGGCUUUGGGGGAGAGGACGGGCGGCCGGUGGCCGCGGCGCCUCUCGCAGACGGACAUUGCUAUUUGAGCAUUUUGCGGAUGCCCGGCGGGCGGCGACAGGGGCGCCACUUGCGCUCCUUCCCCCACAGGGCUUUGAGUUUGUGGUAAUAGACCCGGCAGCUGAAGCCCUCCUGGGCUCCGCGUUUGAUGUGGGCUUUGAGCGAGCGCAAAGUGGGGAACAUUCGGCAGCAGGCCACGCAUUGGCACCCAUGCUGCUGCGGGGGCCGCCACUCGGAAGCCAAGAGGAUGUCCUGGGAAGUGAUGCAGUCCGUGGUCUUGCUGCUGCUGCUGCCGCUGCUCUCUUGGGGAUAUGUUUCCUCCAGGGAGCCGGAGGAAGAGGAGCCACUGUCCACGUUGUCUCCGGCAGGCCCAGUGUCCGCUGGGACUUCUUGGCUACUGCAUCUCAGUGUCCCUGGGAAACCACAAGCUUCAGUUUGGCUGUCUUGGUCCAUACACACAAAGUAGCUGUACGGGGAAUACCAGGGGCGGUAGAUGGUGCAGCUCUGCUGUGGAGGCUCCCCGCUCUGCAGUUCCGCGAGGAGGCAGUCUGGCAAAAGGAAAGGGGGAGUGAGCAGCCAAGGGGCUCCUUGUGCCUUUCUCAGACCUGGCCAGCACUGUGUGCUGGUUGUCGUGGUAAGCUAAAAGGUUAAAGGCAGCGGCGGAGCAAGCCAAUCAGGUGCCUGGGGCGGCGUGCUUGCCCUGCGCCCAGGGGCGGGGCCAGCCACCCGUGGGGCAGGGCCAGCUGGGGCAGGAUGCUCCGCAAGGCCUCCGAGGAGUCUGCCUGCCUCCUCCCUCCCACUCAGCCGCCCUACAGCGGGACCGUUUGGGGCAGCAUGGAGCCUGUGGGCGCACUGCAGGCCCCGUGGUGAGUGUCGCCUGGCAUUUUGUCACACCCCCCCUCAGUGGUGACACCUGGGUUGGACCGCCCCCUCUUCUUCCGCCCCUGGUGAAAGGACCCCUGGACGGUUAAGUCCAGCAAAAGGCAACUAUGAGGUUGCGGUGCUCAUCUUGCUUUCAGGCCAAGGUAGCUGGGGUUUGUCCGCAGACAGCUUUCCGGGUCGUGUGGCCAGCAGGCCUAAACCACUUCCAGUGCAACAGCACGUUGUGACAGAAGCCAGAGUGCACAGAAACGCCGUUUACUUUCCCACCACAGCAAUACCUAUUUAUCUACUUGUACUGGUGUGCUUUCAAACUGCUAGUUGGGCAGGAGCUGGGACAGAGCAAUGGGAGCUCACCCUGUUGUGCGGAUUCAAACCGCCCACCUUCCGUUCGGCAAGCCCAAGAGGCUUGGUGGUUUAGACCACAGCGCCACCCACGUCCCAAGCAUUCCUAUACUACCCCAGGGUACGUUACUCCUCAUCCUUCUACCCCUACAGUAUUUCACAUUUCAUUCAGAAAACAUUUGCUUCUAUUCACACUGUUCUGGGGGUACCUUUUCCCAGCACUCCCCCCUCCCCCUCCAGCUCACCUGGCAAGCUGCUUUUGUGCACGGGGCAUGUUAAGUCAGGUACACUCUUCAGGGCAAAGCUGGGGAGACGUGGCCCAGAGAUUGUCAAGAGGGAAAAAUUUUCCAUGUCCCCUCAGACACUCCUUAACUAAAAGGACCCAUUCAUGGUGCAAAGCUUUCUCCGGGCAAAGGACCAGGUAGCCAGCUGGCCUUGUGACAUCAUCUCCUGACCUAACAAACAGCGGCUUCUGGCACCUUGGCUUGACUUUGUAGAGGCUGUUGGCUGGCAAGCGCAAGUUGUGGGGGGAGCCUUUCUAUGUGGGUCUGGUGCUGAAUCCUCCUCGAGGGGAGAGAUGCGUAGGACACACAGAUGCAAACAUCGUCCUAAUUUAUCGCCUCUCAUGAGAAAGGCCGCAGUUGGUGGAUUAAAAUGAGACACAGGCUCUGAGCUCAGGCUCAGGAAACACAAGCAGAAGAGGAUAAGGCAGGAUGAUUUGCCAGGAAAAUCUCAGCUAAAGAGAUGCCUUGCAAUAAUUUUUUUAAUGAAGUUAUUGAAGUGGCUUAAUUGCGGAUGAGAAGAGUAUUACAAAAACAAUACGGUAUAACCAGGGAGAAGGGGGAGGAGGCAAAAACUGAGGUGAAAAUAUUUGGCUUGACAAGUAGAUUUAAGUCAGAAUGUGGGAGAAGAGAGGAAAAAAUGGAGAAGAGACAUUUAAAAGAUAAUGAGAGCUUGAAGCGAAUCUGAAAGGAAAAUGGGGAGUCGAAGGAAAGAGGGGAAAUGUGGUCACAAUGACAUGCGCUCUCAAGGAGAUCGUUGGCCAAAUUUUGAAUAGGAGUAAGCAAAAGAGGGAAAUGGCCAAGACGAGGUGUGAAAAAGUUCAAGAGAGGUUGAGAAUACUCAUGAAGAGGGGAAAGAAACGAUGGAAGAAGGGUAAUGGGAAAUAUAACAUCCGGAGAAAUUGAAACCAACAUGCAGAAAUGGAAUGAGAGGUAAAAUAAGCGCCAAAAAGCAACCAGCCAAGUGAGCUGAAAAGGGAAGGGGAAAUGAACCAGGCGGAAAGAGAAAAAGGGCGAGUAAACGAAUCGCUAGCGAAGUGUCGAAAUGGAGUAAAUUGUCGUUGGCAUCCAUUUGUCUUGAGAGACAAUGGAGUGCGCCUCGGGGGGGGGGGGUGAAGUGGCCUCUCCAGGGCGCAAGCCUGGGCAGAGGUAUGUGAAGAGGUAUGGGCUGCCCAGAGGACAAGACCCACCUCUCGGCCUCACCAAUGGGGUCCAAAGGAAAGCAGAUAUUUAUUAGCCUGCUUCCUAAGGAAGCAGGAAAGCCUAUGUACCAGAAGUGUCCUAGGACAUAAAACUGAGAAAGUUUGAGUUUUUUAAUUGGCUGAACAGAGUCUCUGCCCUUUGGGGAACUUGAUUUAUUAAAUGUACACCUUUCCUUGUGUCCCUGGUGAGGAAAGCCAAUCCUGGCUUUCUUCCUUUGGCAAUUGAGUCAGCGAUGGCCAUUUCUAGACUGGGAGAGCCUCGCCAUGGACAUCCACGCAGUGAUAAUCUCCAUGUUGAAUCGCUGCAGUCUGCUCUACCUGGGGCCCAGAAGCUGCAGUUGCUGCAAAAUUCAAUGAUGUGGCUGCUCACUGGGGCAGAAUAUUAUGACGACGUUAUAUGUCUUGCUGAAAAAAUUGCAGCGGCUUUCAAUUAGCUUCCGGCUAGGUUCGGAGGGCUGGUGUUAGUGUUACAGGCUCUGUGUGGCUUGAGACCAGUAUAGCUUAAAGUUGUCUCACCCCUGAUACCCAUGUUCCUCAAGAAAAGGCCUCCUGCAGAUACCAAUUUACUAGGAGCUCCAUGCCGAAGUAGAAAUGGGCUUCUAUCUUAUGCCACAUUUCAGGCAACCACCAUCUCGGUUAUCAUUUCGGUGUCUGUUGAAGAACUCGCUUUCCCUUUCUUACAUAUUAUUUUUGUUCGUUUUCAAUUACAAUCCAAUAAUAGCCUCAUUAUAACAAUGCCAAAUUGUAAUACAAUUACUAAUACCAAUCAUUCAGAUACCAAAUUAUAUCAUUUAGGUCUUUUUCUUCUUUGGCAAUCACUCGUAGCCGAGUAAGAUUGUCUUCCAUAAACAUGAUUUUAACAAUGGGUCCGUAAGUGACUGUGGAGGCCAAUUCUGGAUCCACACGUCCUUCCACAGUGGGGACAUUGGUUUCCAGGCGGGAGUUGAUCACAGUGUGGAUUUGCCAAGCGUGCCUUCCUCUUAGCACAUUUCUUCCUUUCAUCCUGAGUUCGAGUUUCUUCAAAGCCCAUGACACCUUUGGUAAAGGCUGUUCUCCAACUGGAGCGCUUGCAGGCCAGUGUUUCCCAUUUAUCAGUGUUUAUACUACAUUUUUUAAGAUUUGCCUUGAGAGAGUCUUUGAACCUCUUUUGUUGACCACCAGCAUUACACUUUCCAUUUUUAAGUUCGGUAUAGAGUAGUUGCUUUGGAAGAUGAUAAUCAGGCAUCCGAACAACAUGAUCAGUCCAACGAAGUUGAUGUUGAAGAAUCAUUGCUUCAACACUGGUGAUCUUUGCUUCUUCCAGUA